AUGGCACAGUAUAAUAUCGUUGCUGGGACCAUUGCCACCCAUGCAAAGACCCCGAUGGAUCUGCAUGCUUUGAUGACAGAUGUUCUGAACUUUGACGAUCCAAAUUCAAACUACGGAACCAAUUAUACCUUCCAGCUGAUCGUCUAUCUGAAUCUACUCAAUUUCCUGGCAAUCAAAGUCAAAAUGUUCAAGUCCGCAAUUGCCAUCGCCCUCUCCCUCCUGGCCACCUCCCACGCCCAACAGGGCUACAGCGGUAACAUCACCACCGAAGGCAUCGGCCAAUGCCCCAUGUCUUCGCAUGCAGAGACUCAUAUCCCCUGGAAGUGGGAGCCCACGAAGGGCAAUGUCUGCGUGAAACUGCCGCGUCCGUACUCGGACAGCUACCACGCCGCGCUGCUGGGCGAGGUGGACACGCCCGUGAGCGUCAUGCCGCCGCAUUUCGGCGGGUGCAGGGACGCCGAGUGUCGGGAUUGCACGCUGGUGGAUAUCGAGUACGGCGACGAGCCGGGGUUGAUCAAGGUGGAUUGUCUUGAGUUGAAGGAUGCUCCGUAUUUGUUUGUGGGGGUUAAGAACAACCAGUAA